ACGCCGUCUUCUUCCCCUGCUUCAACUUUCAUUUAGAGAUACUCGUUUCUGUUAUUUCAACAUGGUUUUUAGCUCAGUGCCUCAGCCUCGGGACACGUAUCUGCUCUGGAAACGAUUCAGUUUUCCAAGCAAGAAUGGACCCAAAAGUGCCUUCGCCGUCCCAACUUGGGUUGCCAAACAGCUCAACUCGGCCUAUUCUGUCAUGUUGGGAAUGCUUAUGGCUCAAGUAUGGACAAUUAUCAUUGCCAUUGUCUUAUACUAUCUUUUGAAAUGGCGACGAAAGAAGAAGGGAGAAAGCAAAUCAUUCCCUCCGCUCGUUCCGGUUCUGUGGAACAAUAGAGGCGAGCUUCUUGGAUCGUUCAUGGAGACAUUCAAGUGUACCCAAGAAAAAACAGAAAGAAUUCGCAUUUGGAUGGUUGGCAUCCUAUUUCUCGUGCUCGUCGCAUAUAUUGGGCAAACCGCGUUGUCCAUCAUCGUCCCUCCCCUGAUUAUUCUCAACAACACGGCGCCGGUCAAUCCGAACGCAGUAUACGUUCCGCCAGUCAAACAUGAUAACCCCUCAACUGCAGCACUCUACUUCUUAGAAGUCCCAGCAGCCCUUCGAGCAAUUGGUAGCACCGGCUCUGCCAAAGAACUACUCGAUCAAAGAGUGACGAUAACUCCUACAGAGACAUUGGGCAAGACCAGCGAUGGCGAAUCCAUCAUCGGUAUCAGUUACAGCUAUAACGUUACAGGAGUAGACUUUGGAUUACAAAAAUAUCCAGAGCUUACACUGAGCGUCAGCGGCUCGUGUGUUACUGAUUAUAGCCCUUUCAACAAGACGACUAUUUCCACUCCCUAUGUCGUGGACUGGUACACUAUCUAUAAUAAAACGGAAUCCGCUUCGCUGUUUGAUGGUCGAGAGCCUGUCGCAUAUUUCUUUCCGGGGCCCCACCUCAUCAAAGGUGCUCUCGAAACCAGCAAUGCUACCUGGACCGUACUCGCCUCUUCAACCCAAAGAAGCAGCUUCACCGCGGGGACAGACCCGUGGUAUCUCACCGAGACGAUACCAAACGCAAAUACAGACACUGCCUACCGAGUACGCAGUGCGCGUCCUGUAUUGUCUUGCUGGGAAGAUAACGUGUGGUCAUACAAAGGUCACAACAGCACUUUCUCGGAGCUCAACAGCACUCUACUUCCUGGCCUUGAGCUUUCGCAGGGUGUGCAACUUAUCUUUUCCACCCACCUAUACCAACCCAUGAUCCUUACUGUAGGUUCACAUCUUGGGCCCUCGGCGCUGCUCUCUACAACCACCGCCAUCUCCCAAAUCUUCGAUGCCGGUACCAGCAGCAUACGAAACGACUUGUCGCGCCUUGUUCAAGCUGCAUUCAUUGCAACCUCUAAUGUUAUGACUGAUACAACACUAUAUCCAUCCAAUUCUGACCAAACACUAGAGAAUAUGGUUAUAGGUUUAAUUGGCGUUGAUGAUUUCGUUGUCUGGAGUCCCGAUGCCUCGGCACUGUCGAUGACCGUCCUUAUCACCAUUCCGAGUCUCCUAGUAGGCGUGUGGCUACUCGCUACUCUACUACUGUUUCUCACUCCUGUUAAAUCAAUCAACAAUUUAGAUUCUGGUCUUAUGUUUACAGCCAUCAAACAGGAAAACCCGGACUUUGACCCUGUACAUAAUAAGCCUAGGGCGACUUUGCAAGAGAUUUCAAACGAUAUAGAUGUAGAGAAAGGCUCUCAAUCAACGGGAGACAACAAAAAGGGUCCGGCACAGACGACAGCAGCUGUGAUAACAUCGAUUGAUGCAGAGAAUGACCAUAAUGAGGAGGUUAAGAACUGAGCGGGUCCAGAAACGUUGCUCCAGAAAGUUUUUUUUUUUUUUUGUGUGUUCAUCACUCUUUACUUUGAUAAGCGAAAACGUCUUCGUCGAGGAGGACAUAAGGCAGAUUGACAGUUCCGACAUUACUUGUGAGGCUCUAUUGUUCUUGGAGAAUUACAAACUUAAGUCAAUAUAAAAUAGCUUCAAAUGACAAAAUCUGUUGCAACGAUC